AUGACAACCACAAUCACAACCCCAUCCUACCAAGAACGCGCCGCCGAAAAGCGCGCCAACCAACUCGCCCUCAUCCCACCCGAGUGGCGACUCUCCCCAGUUCCCUCCGUAGAAUCGCACCCCGACGCUCUAGCAUAUGUUCGGCGCACACUCACACCAGCAGAGCUCACACUCACGGAAGAAACGGAUAUCACAGUUCUUCUGCGAAAAUUGUCUUCCGCAGAACUGUCAUCGCUAGAGUUGACGAGGGCGUUUGCGAAGCGCGCUGCACUGGCUCACCAGCUGACGAUAUGUUGUACGGAGAUUUUCUUUGAAGAGGCUUUUGCGACGGCGAGACAGAUGGAUGAGUAUCUUGCGAAGACGGGGACGAUUAUUGGGCCUUUGCAUGGGUUGCCUGUCUCCAUUAAGGAUUUGUUUUCGGUGAAGGGUGUUGAUACGUCGAUUGGAUGGGUCGGAUUAACCAACAAUCCUGCGCCUGCAGAUAAAUCCGUGGCCCGAACACUGCGCCGUCUCGGAGCGGUGCUAUAUGUAAAGACCAAUCUCCCCCAGUCAAUGAUGAUGUCCGACUCGUACAACCACGUCUUCGGGCAAUGCGUCAACCCAUUGAAUCGAAAUUUGAUUUCUGGCGGUAGUUCCGGCGGCGAGUCCUCGCUUGUUGCAGCGAGAGGAAGUGCGCUUGGUAUUGGGACCGAUAUAGGUGGUUCGAUUCGUAUCCCGGCGAGUUUGUGUGGACUUUAUGGACUGUCGCCUACGCCGGGACGGCAUCCGUAUGAGCGCGGGAGUCCCAGUCAAGACAUUGUCCGCUCGGUCGCAGGUCCGAUGAGUUGUAGUCUGGCGACGAUUGAGCGGUAUAUGGAGGCUUUGCCCUGUGCAGCGCCUUGGGAACUUGAUCAACAUACCGCUCCAGUGCCGUGGCGGCGAAGCAUGGCUUCGCUUAAAGCGAAGAGGCUAAGGAUAGGAUUCUUGGUUGAUGACGGCGUGGUCAAGGUUCAACCCCCGAUCGCAAGGGCAGUUCGUGAAGCUGUUGCUGCACUAAAGGCAGCUGGUCAUGAAGUGUUCGAAUGGGAUGCCUCAUCACAUGGGUAUGCGUACCAACUUUGGGAAAAGGCCAUCCUCUCCGACGGCGGCGAGGGCUGUCGCAAGAAGAUUGAGAUGACCGGGGAACCUUUGAUUGAGGGUAUGCUAGUCGGAACUGAGAAGAAUAUUCUGACUACAUCCGAGACUCAUCAACUCAACGCCGACAAAUAUCUCUAUGAGAGUGAAUAUCUCGACCGCUGGAAUACAUCCGGCGUAGACGCCCUUAUCAUGCCCAACACUCCCUGGGUCGGAUACAAGCCAUGGACAUGGGUAAGAUCCAGCGCUUAUGUGGGAUAUACUAGUAUCUGGAACCUGUUGGGGUAUGCCGCUUUGGCAGUUCCUGCUACAAGUGUAUCCAGGGAGAAGGAUCUGCCUGAUCAGGAGUGGUUGGAUCAUGUCCCGCGUAAUGCGGGUGAUAGGUUUAAUAAAGAGCAGUAUGAUCUCGAUCUUGUUGAUGGCAUGCCUGUGGGAUUACAGGUUGUGGGUGGGCGUUUUGGAGAGGAGAAAUGCGUUUCUGUAGCGAAGGCGAUUGAGCAGGCUGUGCGGUGGAGGGAUGCUGCUCGGUCGAAUCUUUGA